GACGCAACUAUGACAAUGAUUUGGAGCGUCGUCUUCUCUCUUUUGGCAGUGGUCAUUCCAGUCAUACAUUUCUACCUUGCCCCGCUGAUCAGCUCAGCUGGGUUCUCUUAUACUGUCCAAAAUUUUGGUCUAGAAGCCGGAAAGUGUUCAAGGGUCGAAGAGCUACAGGCUUGUGAGAAAAUUGUUUUACACCAGGAAACAGGUUUACUCUACCUUGCAUGUUCGACUCUUGCCAACCGCGCCAAAUGGCUUCCCGCUGUCGAUCGUUUUGAGUCUGCAGUUGACGAAGAUUACGUCGCGACGUAUGACCCGAGUACAUCCAAAAUAACGCGUUUAACUUUGGAGAACUUUGACACAAAGAAAAAUGGUCUUGCUGUCCUUGGUAUGGAUGUCGUUCCUUCCGAAAAAGAUCCCAAUGAGCUCUUUGUCUACCUUAUCAACGACCGACCGCGUAAAGAUGGCCAGGAUUCCUCGAUCGUGGGCGCUGACAGCGUGGUUGAGAUUUUCAAGACCGUUGCGGGCGGGAACGUUUUGGUUCAUCUGAAGACUGUGCGGGAUUCUUCUAUCAUCGCACCCAACGAUGUCGCUGGUUUCUCUGACGGGAAACGAUUUUAUUUCACCAACUGGUUCAACCGCAAAACUGGAUUUGCCCUUCAAGCGCGAACUCUAUUGACCUCCUUCUCCUCGGUUGGUUACUGUCAUUCUGACCAUGGGUGCAAAAUUGCUGUCGAUAACCUUUACACCGCAAAUGGAAUCGCGAAAGCUACAAAUGGCACAGUUUACGUUGCCAGUACUAGUGGACUAGAGCUGAAAAUGUUCGAAAAGCAGGACGACGAUUCAUUGGUUUUCUUGGAGGGCGUUCACUGCGAUACCCCGAUUGAUAAUCUCUCUAUUGACAAAGAAGGAACUGUGUUUGCUGCCGGAAUGCCCAAAUCAUUAGAUCUCUGGGAACACACUAAGAAUUCAUCACAUCCCUCACCAGUGUGCGCUUGGACCUUCUCAAAAAAUACAGGCCAAGGCUCGUUCUAUGGCGAGAAAUAUAAAGUGCAAAAGAUAUAUGAAGAUGAUGGUUCUAUCGCAUCAGGAGCUACUACUGUAGUUCAUGAUGCAGAGCGUGGUCGCUUGUUCAUGCACGGGGUGUUUUCGCAUCAUUUGACUGUCUGUGAAGUCAAAUAAUCCAAGUAGAAAACUAAAUUAUGAGCGUUGCAUAAAUUAUAACAAUCUUGCCUUUUCAAAAUGUUGUCUAGGUAUCACCUGCGAAACUCCUGUCUUGAAAGACCUGAUUAAUAAAGGGAACAAUCAAGAACCGGAAGGAUGUUCGUAUUCUCGGUACAUACCUGGUACAUACGCUCUCGGUCAUGUUCGGUCAUUCCUUUGUGGCACCCUCUACUCGGGAACUUCAAAUUGUAUAAAUAUCACAUCGAGAUA